AUGGCAGAAAACAUCACCGACUCUAUUACACAGAAGGAGGAACCCACAUACCUCGAGUCGAUCACGCUCUGGGUUGAAGACACUUACCUUAGUUGGUUUGGAGAAAACAGGGCAUCCUAUGGCGCAAAGGACUCUUUAAAGAAAAUGGAAAUUACUGGUAAUAAAGAUAUUGACCGGGUUCAGAGAAGCGUCGGUGAGACUGUGGGUGAUAACUUGGGAAGAAACGGCAUCGCGGGUGUAGUUGGUGACGGACUUGAUAAGGUGGUUCUGAGGGGCAAUGUUUGA